UAAAAACCUCACCUGAACGGAUACAAACCGACCCCAAGCAGCAAACCGGCCGGUCACUGCUCGUUGGAUUCUGGAAUUCACUUCUUUCACCCUCUUCACAUACCCCCUUCCUCAUCGCCCCGUGGCUCUCCGCAGUUGCGCACUUCUCUCCCCUUCACUUUCUUCUCUUCCAUCAGACAGAUUAGGCCCCUCUUAUGCCAUCCCUUUCUCCCUUGACAAGCAUAUGGUGAUUUUGGCCAGAAGCAGCUAGCCGAUAUAAUAUGCUCGGAAAGGUUGUGACCUGCCUGAGGUGGGGUGAAGAGGAGUUGGAAUUAAAUGCUCUUCUAACCUAAAUAGCCAAAGAGGAACUGGAAAUGAGAAGAUGCUCUUCGCCAAAGGACUGCUCUUUUAGCUUCAUUUCAUUAGGAGGACGUGUAGAUGUUUCAGCCUUGAGCAAUUGAGCACCAUUUGUCCAUUUCAGGUGUUAUUAGAUAUAGAUGUGAUCAAGGUGUUUGCCUAGUCUUAAUCCAAGAUUCCAAGACCACCGAGUGUGUUUACCACAUCUUCUUCUGCCACUAUUUUGCAAGGUUGUAGCACGCCUGCACCAUGUACUGGAUUUCAGACGUGACACUGAAAAUCAUAAACCAGAAAGAAGGAUGACAGAAAUGGAUGGGCAUAUUUUUUAGGCUCUCUCCUAAGGUCCCCCUCCGAUAGCUUGGGUGUAACACCACCAUAUUUAUGUGGAAAGAUAGAAAGUUACUUAGCUUCCCAUCGCCAAAACGUUUUCCGGCCUUAAGCGUAUAACUUCAACCAAACAAUUCUCAUGCUGCUUCACGCCUUCACAUCUGCUCUCUUCCUUCAUCCGCUGCUCGUGUUACCUUCUUUGACUUUACUGCUACUCUCCAAACAAGGAACAACCAAGUGAAGUGUGCUAUUUUGAAUCAACGCCUUAGGAUCAUGAAUUACUUAAUAGUGGUAAUGGAUGAAAAGGACAGAGUGAAGUAGAAAAGCUGAAGAGUUGCAUUUUGGCCCUUGUCUAUCCAACUACUAUACAUUUUAAGUUGCAAUUUUACUGUUGUAUGAGAUUUUCUGAACUCCAACUAAUAUAUUAUUUUCAUUCUUUCAAAAUGAAAUAUGCAAUUUUUAGUCCAACAAUAAUUUUGAAAACCUGCCGAUUUGAACCCAUCACAACCCCCCACACCAUGUGGAUGAUGCUAUAUGCACAAUGUACAAGACCCAUGUCACAGUCUACAUCUAUUCCGAAGAAACAGCAGCGAGUGCGGGACCACGGCUUUGACAACUACAUGGAGGUGGAGAAGAAAACACGCAAAGUCCUGAAAUUCCAAGACCUAAUCCUCACCCAGCCAAACUCCAUGAUCUCUGUUUCUCACUUGGACGUGCUGUCACGCAGGAUUGGGUUCAAACAACAUGAAGUAGCAAAAUUCAUCCUCAAAUUCCCCCACAUUUUUGAGAUAUUUGAACACCCAGUUCAGAGGAUUCUCUAUUGCAGGUUCGCCCGAAAGGCUCAGUUGCAGAUGUGUCAAGAAAACGAAGCCCUUUUGGCUCAAAUCCCGGAUGCCAUCACCCGGCUAAGAAAGCUUCUGAUGCUCUCAAACACGGGUCGACUCCGGCUGGAGCAUGUUCGGAUUGCCCGGAAAGAGUUUGGGCUGCCGGACGAUUUCGAGUACUCGGUAAUUCUGAAGCACCCUGAGUAUUUCAGAUUGUUUGAUGGCACGGGAGAAAGUAGACACAAGUACAUUGAGAUUGUAGAGAGAGACCCGAAACUGGGGGUGUGCUGUAUUGAGAAAGCAAGGGAGAAAGAGUAUAGAGAGAAGGGCGGGGAGGCUGAGAAUUUACGGUUCUCGUUUAUUGUGAAUUUUCCUCCUGGUUUCAAGAUUGGGAAGUACUACAGGAUUGCAGUGUGGAAGUGGCAGAGAUUGCCUUAUUGGUCUCCGUAUGAGGAUGUUUCGGGGUAUGAUUGUAGAUCUCUUGAAGCGCAGAAGAGGAUGGAGAAGCGGGCGGUUGCCACCAUUCAUGAGCUCUUGUGGUUGACUGUUGAAAAGAAGAUAACUUUAGAGAGGAUUGCGCAUUUCAGGAUGGCCAUGGCUUUGCCAAAGAAGCUCAAAGACUUCCUCCUUCAGCACCAGGGCAUAUUUUACAUCUCCACGCGGGGGAACCAUGGGAAACUGCACACUGUGUUUCUCAGAGAGGCUUACAAGAGAGGAGAGUUGGUUGAACCCAACGGUCUAUAUUCGGCAAGGAGGAAGCUGGCUGAGCUGGUACUGUUGAGUCCUAGGAAAGCACCAAAAGUAGUGGAUCAUAAUUUGGUCAGUAGUUAUGGUUGGAGAGACGAUGGCGAAGCAGCAGCUUAUGUUCGAAGUGAGGACGUUGAGAAUGACAGUGUCACAACAAUGCGUGGUGUUGAUCUGAGAAAUGCUGGUUCCAGUUUGUUCGGUGGAUCUGCCGAUGACAUGGAUCCCUUAGGCUCUGUUAGUGAUGAUGAUGAUGAUGAUGAUGAUGAUGAUGAUGACGACGACGACGAUACUUGUCACAGGCUUGAAUAGUUAACCGAGAACUGCUUGUAUCUCGAAUGACUAGUUAAUGGUUUGGUUGGGGGAGCUUCAAAAAAUUAGCCUUUGGAGGAGCCCUCAAACGACUAGUUAAUGGUUUGGUUGGGGGAGCUUAAAAAAAUUACGAUUACCCAUUCAUUUUAAAAUAAAAAUUCCCACACCUUCAUUACUCAUUCUCUCUACACAUAAUCUCCUAUAUUCUCUACUCAUACAAUCUUCAUCUUUGC